AUGACAACGUCUAUUGAAUACAUGAAACAAAUCCAGGGGUUGGAGGUGAAUGAAGCACAAUGGGUCGGCGACGAUGCCGUCCUCGAGGAAGUCUGUCGACAUUGGAAGGAAUGUUGCAAGUCAGCCGGUUACAAUGCCGAAGACGAGGAGUGGAAUCGCAAAAUGCAAGAGUUUCACCAAGAGAACCAAAAGUCUGGUUUGAGGCCUCGCACCUUCGUGGCCACUGCCGCCGACAGCGGUGUUGUGGGAUCCAUCAAUUGUCAAAUCUGGGCCGGGCCCUUGCCUUGGAUCGUCCAACCCGAUGUCUUUAGGCUAGGAUCUGUCUGGGGGCUGCAUGUGGAUGAGACUGCCAAGGAGCCCGAGGCAGUCCGAAGGGAGCUCUUGAAGGCGGCGCUGGACCACCUCCGCAGCGCCCAAUGCUCCAAGGUCGUUACACUUGCUUUCACCAAGAACGAUAGAGAUGCCCUCAUAGAGGCCAAUGUUGGCUUUCAGUCAGCCAAUAUGCUCACCUUGGAUUUGCAGUCAUUCGAAGAAGUUGAGACGACAGCGCCAGAGUCCUACACUUGCAUUCCUGGCGAUGAAUCCUACGAUGCAAUGGUCUGCGAGAACUGGCGAAAGAUGUGGCAGGAUGUCGGGAUCCCCGCCAAAGCUUUGAUUUCCGAAAUGGAAGAAGUUACCCUCUCCUUUCUCAAGCAGGCUCGUGAUCGAUUGCGUUAUCAAACCUUUGUCGCACGCGAUGACGCCACCAACGAGGUUGUGGCCUCGGUGAGCUGUCAAGUAUGGGAAGGACCCAUGCCCACAAACAUGAUAUCCAAAUUUCAACUUGGGACAAUCUGGGCUGUCUAUGUGGAUCCUUCUCAUAGGAGAAGAGGGGUUGCUACUUGUUUGAUGAAACUGGCCUUGCAGCACCUACAAAAGGUUGGCUGUGACAAUGGCAUCCUCAUUGCUGCCUCGGAAGGGGGCCAACGCGUGUACGAAAGGUUGGGCUUUCGUCCCAACAAUGCCUUGGUGUGUGAUGUGAACCCUGCAGCGGAGAAAAGCACCGCAGAGGAGCCAGCAAAAGAAAGACGCCAUGUGGAGGAAGAAAAGAAGCAAGAAGACACGUCCGUCGCAGGGAAGCCGUCGAAAGCUAGAGUCCCGAUUUGGGAUCGGCAACGGGAAUUGGUCGGUCUCCUCAAGGAAAGAGACAUGACGCCACGGCAAUUGAAUGCCAUGGCCACGGCCACCACACGGCAAGUCUUUGCUGUCUACGGGGAUAACCCACGAGUCUACGACGUCGCUACGGCAGUGAAGAACUUCCAAAGGCGACAUGGAAUGUAUGUGGAUCCAGAGUGCAAUUGGUUUACGCAGAAUGUGACGAAAUUUGGCCGUGGUUUUGAUAUGAAGAAGCUCAAAGAGGACCCGACCAAGUUGGCGUCCAAGUUUGAUCGUUUGUCUAUUCAUUACGACGAUUGGACCGUGGGCAAUCAAAGCAAAGUGGAGUCUUUCAUUGUCGAGUGUGCCCGAAACCAUGAGAAAGUUAUGAAGAGCAAGGCAGCCCGCAUCUUGGACGUUGCUUGUGGAAUUGGGCUGCAAGGACAAGUUCUACGCCUCUGUGGCUUCGAAGGGGAGCUGGUUGGAACGGAUAUCUCGCAGGGGAUGGUCCAACGCGUGAUGGAACGUGGUUGCUACGAUCAUGCGUAUGUAGCCAAUGCCAACGAGAGUCUGGCAUGCAGUGACGAUGGACGCGAUGGCGUCCUGUACGAUGCUGUCAUUUGCACAGGAGCAAUGGAACUUUUGGAUCAAUGCAAGGUACUGGCGGACCUUGCACGGAUGACCAAGCCCUGUGGAGAGGUUUGGGUUUCGUUUCAGCAAUAUACGCUCGAGAACCCAACAGAGCAUCAGAAUGUUCGUGGCACAAGCGAAGCGGACGCUCUCAAUCUACUCAAACAAGCUGGGUUCGACGACAUUGUGUCCAUGGAAAGGUGCCGCGAUGCGUUCUACACGCCCUCCCCGUCACAAGAUGGGUCGUUACUGCCGGUCCCGUACCUCUUUCUUGUCGCGAGGAAGAGCUCUGCCUGA